AUGUUCUCCAAUGUCCUUCAAGCCUUACUGUUUUGUGCAGUUUUUCAACUCAUCAGUGCUUCGGUCGCAGGUGCCAAGAGUGACUUCGACAAGUUGCGAACUGAUCGCGUAGUAUCUCGACGAGACGGUUUGGCCCCAUUAACUAAAGACGGAUCUCUCGUACGCCGCCAAGAUUGGGGCUCCUCGGCCUCGGCCUCGGCGUCGGCCUCUGUCUCAGUUUCUGCUCAAGUUAUGCUGCAAAGCUGGUCUAGCUUGACUGCUGCAGCCGACAAGUGUCGAGACGUUUUUCAGCAGGGAGCAUCGAUGGAAGUUGCUCUUCAGGCUGCCUCCUCGUUCUCAUACCAGGCGGUUGCUGUAAAUAGACAGGCUGGCCGAUGCGCAUGUGACUCUUCUGCGUUUGACGUGUCGGCUCAGUUCAAAGCACAGAUCGUCCACUUGUUCUCGUCACUUCAAGUCACUCUCAAGCUCGGUGCUGAGCGCUACGGUUCAGACUGGUCCAACCGAUUCAGACCCGUUUUCCAAGACUGUUCACCUGCCUUCGCCUCGAUGAAGCAAAUUUCCGCUCAAUUGAACAUCGAUCUUGCGGCUACACUCAAGCAAGCUCAUUUAGACCUUGGGGUGUUCCUCAAUGUUGGCCUCAACGUCAACGCUCUGCUAGGUCUGAACCUUCGAAUUGGCGGGCUUUUAUCACUUUAG